UGAUCAUUGCGGGUAGCUCAUCCUACUUAGCCAACAUUCUGCGGCGCCUUCAGAAUCACAUUCCAGCGUCGAGAUCAACUUUUUGUAGCGUCCAGACCAAUAUCUUCCCUCGUCGAGUACAUUAUACUGAAAUUAAUUUUUUCCAAUGCCGACACUAACAUAUUAAAGCGCGAAGAACAUUACUUUCGAAUGACAAGAACAUUUGCCGACGCCGAAAUCAACUUUUCCCCUCAGCGUAGACAUGAAAAUUGUCUAUCACUGAGGUAUAUAUAACUUUAAAAAAUUAAAUAGGCGUGAUUCCUUUUAUGACCAAAUUUUCCAAACCUGAUGACAAAGACCAAACACAUUGCAAGAUUGAAAACGCUCCAUGCAGCAACUAAUGUUUUCGCUAAAUCUUAUUGUGUGGGUCUUUCGCUGCACAUCGUGUACGCGGGGUACGCGCACCUCCACUACAUCAGAUGCGAUCUCAACCCGAAAAGCAAUCCACAUCGAAGUACUUUCUUAUCUCUAACAGGGUGGGGGAGCGAUGGCAGCCUGGGUCACCCUAAGCGUCUACAGAAGCUCGUGCUGGCCUCCCUGCGUCCCCUCCCCUCCUCCAUGUGCACACACACACAUACACACGCACAGGUAGAGAAAACCGCGUUAUAUCCGCCAUAUAAGAGCAGUCAAUCCUUUGAUACCGUUUGAAAAAAACUGUUCUUUUCUCGGAUUGGUUAAAUCAUCACUGCAGAGGGGUGGAGAGAGGAAAUGGCCUCUUGGUCUCAUUGGUUAGAUUAGAUGAGACAACUGCCCACUUGAUGAAUCAUCUACUGGAUGUGGCGGGUGCACACAACUGCAGAGCAAUGUUCCACAAACGCUAUCUCCUCCCCGUUCGUUGUAAUUCAUUCCCCGCCCGCCCCCAUCUUUCUCGUUCUCUUCCACCCAACGGUAAGUUGACAGCUGAGACAUUGCCACUUUCGUGUUUGUUCUUUGAUAAAAUAAUGAAUAGGUGCAUCGAGAAUAUGUACCCCGAAUGACGUAGUCAUCUGACCCACCCGCCAAACACUCCUCCCACCGUCCAGUAUAAAGCCUGAUAAGUUUCCAGACUCCCCACUUUCCAAAACUGUCGUUGAGAACAAGCAUAGAAAAAACCGCUGCGGAACAAACGGCACAAUUUAACUGAAGCUGUUGAUGAGCAACGAAUGUAAGACCUUCUGCUGAAAGUCUUGUCAAGAAAUAUUCCACUGAAUUUUUUAUUUAAAAAAAAAGAUAGCAGGAAGCUAUCCUCAACCUAUCUGAGACUGUUUUACUUUCACUGGAUUUUAAGAAAAGAAAAAGCUCUUCCCACAAAGAGGCUCGGCGACUGCUUUCCAAACACGGACCUCCUGAAAGACGAGAAAAAAGUCAUCUGUGGCUACAAUCGGUAGACAUAAGAUUUUGUUUAAUUCACCGAAUAUAUCCCAAAACAUGGGAUGUCUAAAGGUUUUCUUCUUCACUCUGCGCCAUCUACUUCUGAUAAUAAUGUUCCACGACAGCAACUACAUCACAUGUCAGCAGACACCCUGCACACAAGGAUGCGAUUGUUCCAGACCAAAUGAAAACAACUGUAUCAACACAACAGUUUGUCCGAAAGACGUAGAUGUCAGCGCCACUGUCCUCAGACUCACAGGCAGUUCGUGCGGCAACACCAUCGACAGGACACACUUACAGAAGCUGACCAGUCUCGUAACCUUGGAGAUCAGAAGCAGUCCUUACCAAGUGCUGGGGGACAGAGCUUUCGCUGACCUGCCGCUCACCACGCUAGUGAUCAGGGAACUGCCAUCACCACACUGCAGGCAGGAAGCUUGUCUAACCUCAACCACCUCAAUAAGCUAGACCUCUCUAACAACCUCAUCGACGUCAUCAGCGAUAAUGUUUUUCAGGACAUGGCGGCACUUACUAACCUCCUGCUGGUCGGAAAUCGAAUUACCUCCCUGUCGGACAACGUGUUCCAUGGAUUGUCUAACCUGAUGAUCUUAGACCUCACUAACAACAGUAUCAGUCAUCUUCCACCUGGCUGUUUCAGGCCGCUCGGGAAGUUAAUGUCACUUAAGCUCAGCUACAACAACAUUCAGCAGCUCCCAGACAGAUUUCUGACAGGUGUCCCAAUGAGAACCCUUAUCGUAGACCACAACCGCCUCACCUACAUCGGCCCUGAAGCCUUUACCAACUCCCAUCUCCAAGCCUUUAACUUGGACUACAACCAGCUCACAGAUUUUCCCACUGAGGCUCUACAUAAAAUCACCGUUAGCAAUGGCGUCAUCUCGCUUGGACACAACGUCAUCACCAAGCUGACCAGAGGAGACGUGGCCAACUUCAGUAUAAGGAACCUCGACUUGACCUCUAACCCCCUCAAGGUGGUGGAGGACGGGGCUUUCACCGGAAGCACCAUCACCAACCUUAUCAUGAACGACACGCCGCUGACCACGUUGCCCGACUCCAUGAGCACUAUGCUGACAUCAACCACGCUCAGUCUGAGGGGCGUGACGGGCUGGGUCUGCGACUGUGACGCCAUCUGGUUGGCCCGCUUCUUUGCCUCCAGCACCAAAAGCACCGGCCCCGUGUGCGACACCGGAAAAAACCUGACCGCCUCACUCGCUGACCUGGAGGCCACGUGUACCACCACCACCUCUACCACCACGCCGUCAACUACAACCACGACAGAAACAUCAAGUACAGCUGCCACAUCGCCAAGUACUACUAUAAUUACUACUAUGCCGACAACGUCAACCACCUUUACAACAUCUACAACAGCAUCAAGUACAAAGGGAACGUCUCCAACUAUUACAACCACAAUUACUUAUCCAGCAACGUCCGCCACAACUACCCCAACGCAAACAGUUACACAAACAGCGUCUACAACGACUACUGCAAGUUCUAGUGCCCUGCCGACCUCGUCAACCACACCUACAACAACGACCAUCACGACAGCGACAUCAACACCAACGUCUACAAGUUCGACUACGAAACUGUCAACAAUGUUCACCACCCCGACGACCAGUGCAACAGAGACAACUCAAACAACGACCUACAGUAGUUCCACGACAUUCAGCACCGCCACAUCAAGCACCUCAGCAGCUCAAUCAACCGUCGUUAACUUGUCUAUGCCACCUGUAACAGCUAUCACAUUCCCAACGACCUCCAUCACAUCCACUACCACAACCCCCACUACGUCUUCGUUAACAUCCCUUACAACUGCUUCAACUGAUAAACCGAAUGCAACAUCAGGAUCGGUUACGCAAAAGCCGUCUAUGGACACCACAAAUUCGUCACCAAUCACCACCAGUUCAUCACCAACAACAUCCUCUUCGACGCCGCUGACGUCCUCUGGUCAUGUGACUCCUGGGGUCCAAACACAGCUUUUAUCAUCAGCAACCACCAUGACAGCCUCAGAAUCGACCACCACUCAAGUGAUCUCCACGUCACAGACGGCGACAACAGCGACCGCAGGAAGACAAUCCCCACAGACGACCGAGUCGACGUCAACAACAACAGUCGUCCCAACAACUCGCGCAAGCCCUCCUGCCACGACGACAGCUACAACCACACCUCCAACAACAACAACGCUAGAAACAACUUCAGCAACAUCAAGCACAUCUACACCAUCGCUCACAAAAGCGCAAGGAACAUUAGCCAAUCAGAACACCAUAGCACCCACUACACAGCCUCCACCACCAGUUCAAACUGUCCAGCCACCCAUUACACAGCCACCCACCCCUGUCCCAACUGCCCAGCCACCCAUUACACAGCCCCCACCUCCAGUCCAAACCGCCCAGCCACCCAUUACACAGCCACCAACCCCUGCCCCAACUGCCCAGCCACCCGUUACACAGCCACCAACUCCUGUCCCAACUGCCCAGCCACCCGUUACUCAAGCUCCAAUCGCCUCUCAGAGCCAGCAGCCUACCCCUUUCUCCGGCUCGUCCAACAACAACCGCGACGAGCCGAAUAAAGACAACAGCGGCGGCACUAGCAGCGCACAGGUCAACGCCAACGACGGCCUCAACCUGGGCUACAUCACCGGGAUGGUCAUGGGCCUGGCCGCCCUCAUCUCCGUCGCGGUGCUGGCCAUCUGCGUUAUCCAGAGCCACAAGGCCAACGUCGUGCAUCCUAGCAACGCCGCGCCUGCGCAGAAGGAAGAAACCUCCCAGCCAAAGAAAAAUGUCCGGAGACGAAGCAGCGCCCGCCAUGAGGAGUCGGACAAGAACAACGCCGACAGCAGCGACUAUGGACAGCACUCGGAUUCCAACAGCCAGCGCUGGACACGUAGGGAACGGAAGGUGAUCCCUCCCUACCCGCGCCCGACGUGGCUGGACAACCCAGUCUGAGGUCAGGCAGGGAGGGCAGGACAGACUUGGUCACUGAUGCUCUCUUAUAGUAAGCUUCUCUUACCACAAUAAACUUGCCUCAUGAUCAAAUCACAUGACUGUAGAACUAUGUUGCCACAUGACUAAUAUCAACUGACUAACUGAACAAUUCGCAGAUUCCUUAUUUGAUUUAUUGUUUUAUAAAUAACUUUAAUAGUAGUUCUUUAAAACUGUUUCUCUGACAUGUGAAAAAACUAAGGUAGAAAGAGGAAAGGUCUAGGAAUUUUCAUGUGGAUACUUAUUUUCACCGCCAUCGCCAUUGCCUGUUAGGUCCUACCACAACUGGAGCCUGCUGCGAGCGACAGAGCGAUGUGUGAUAAACUGCAGGCAGUUAUACUGUGAUAAAGCCACUUGUGAUAAAUGUUCAGUCUUUCGAAACCUGCUAGCCAUCCAAAGAAUGUUCUUACAGUCCACGAACCUCAAGCCCCUACCUUUCAGAAAAAAGACGAUAAAUUAGUUGCCGACAGCAGACUCAAAGGACAAUUGUCGCUCUACAACGAAAAUUGCAGUGGACUCUGUCUUUUCUUUUGAAUUUUUUACAUUUACAAUCAAAGUUUUUAAAAACUGAUAACUUGAUAUGGUGUCGUGUUACAUCUUUUAGUCGUACUUUAUAAAGAAAACUGUUUUCUCUACAAUUUUCAGUGUGCUUUCGGAAAAUUAGCUAUUACUGCAUAUGUAUGUUUUAUAUAUAUACAUAUUGUGAUCCAUGCCCUGUGGUUGAUAAUUAUAUGCUGUCUGUUAAAAACAUCUAUGGGUAAUUAAUUUGUGUAACUUAACUAUGGCUGUCGAGGUAAUUAUUGUUUUCUCCAAUUAUGUAUAGACGCUAACAAAAUUUUUGACAAGACUGUUUGUGGAAAAAAAUGUCCAUUUCUGAUGACAGUUUAUCAAUGUCAAUUGUUAAUUAUAGACAGUUUAUAAUCUACAGACGCGAAUGGUUGAAUGUUCUCCAUCAGUCUCAAUGAAUGCCUUUUAUUGUUAUUACUUUUGUUGUUUUUGUUGAUUUUUGAAACUAUAGAAAUUCAUGCUAAAUAUUUUCAGGCUACUGUCUACUUUUCUUCUGGCGAGGUCUUCGUGUCUCAGCCCGUCAAGGAUCAGUCAGAGACCUAAAUGCUCUCUAAAAAAAAUCUCCAGAAUCGUUAAGUUUAUUUUUCGACUCGUCAUCGUCAGAAGCGUCUCUGUGAUCGUUGCUAACGAACUACUAGCUGUUCAUGAUUAGCGUCUAGUCUAUGAACGACACAACUUUUCGCCGGCUUCGCAUCCAAUCAGAUAUCCAGCGCGUUCCUCGUAAAUCAUAAGCUCAUUUCAUUAAUACUCAAAUACAUCUGUCAGUGAGGGCACACGCUUGUCUGUGUUUAUCUCUUGUCGAAGCCAAAAGGUCAAAGGUCCAGACCAAAUAGCUUCGUAGCACUAGGUUUCCGGCACGACGUCUGGUGUCGCCACUAUCGUCCCUUCUCUCACCCCCUCAAUCAUCUGCCCUUCUUGCCACACUGUAGGUCUGUAGCUGUUCACCAGUUUUACUAACAGCAAACGUUUCUAUUGAUUCAUGUGUUUAAACGUUGUUUUUAUUACAUAAGGUAUCUUAUAAUGCCACUGGAUGUCUUAAACGCGAUUAUUUCUACUUCAGCCUUUUAUUUAUUGCUGCCAAUAUUCGAAUGUAUUGACAUAUUGUUAAUAAUUUUUCUAACGUUCGCUGACUUUUAUUCGUGGACAACCGAUUUAUUUUCUGUUACUGUUGUGUUGAGUACGAAGAAUGUUUUGUUGCUGUGUUAACAUGCUUAUUCCGUCCUUUGAAAAAAAUGGUUUUCCUUUCAUUCUGUGUUUGAUGCCAUGUUAUUGUUGUCACAAAAACAAUGAAAAAAUAAUAAAUGUCUAAAUUAAACAA